ACCCGCGAAGGCGAAAUCAUGAGUCCUACUGGCUCUGGAGCCGACCGACAUAUAUUCCACGGACAAGAUGUAAAACGAAAGAACAACCACUCCGAGGAAGCAAUCGAAUCUAUUCACGAUGUCUCGACAUCAACUUCCCGCGAUGAGGACGAGGCUGCUUCAUCUAUAGAGGACAAUGAUCUGCGAGAUGUCGAGCCCAGUAUCCCUGAACCACCAUACACCGUAUUCACGGCCAGCCAGAAGAGGUUUAUCGUUCUCCUAGCAGCAUGCGCAGGUGCCAAUAUUUACUUUCCGGCUCUCAAUUCGUUGACCGAAGAAUUUCAUGUCUCUUCGACACUAAUCAACCUGACAUUAACUACAUAUAUGAUUGCCCAAGGGAUAGCUCCUGCUAUCAUCGGCGACCUAGCUGACAUGGCUGGUAGGCGGCCGGCAUACUUCUUAUGCUUUGUCAUUUACAUUGGUGCUUGCAUAGGCAUUGCGCUAUGUCAGGACUACGUCUCUCUGCUCAUCUUGAGAUGCCUGCAAAGUGCUGGGUGCGGUGCAACAAUCGCGCUAGGAAGUGGUGUCGUUGCUGAUAUAGCGACGAGUGCGGAACGAGGCACGUUCAUGGGUUAUGUCACAUCUGGUCCAAUGGUCGCUCCUGCGCUGGGACCAGUGCUUGGAGGCAUCCUUGCACAGUUCUUGGGCUGGAGGUCUAUCUUCUGGUUUCUGGUCAUUCUCUGUGCCUGUUACCUGGUGCCGUUUCUCAUCGCAUUCCCGGAGACUGGUCGCAACGUUGUCGGCAAUGGAGCCAUCAAACCUCAAAGCUGGAAUAGAUCACUGAUAAAUUAUCUCCAUGAGCGAAAGGCCGCUAAAGCACCUGCCUUGACUCGCACAGUAACCCGCGAAAGCAUCCGUCUCGAAGAAGCCCGCCUGAUUAAGGCUCGAAAACUGCGGUUCCCUAAUCCUUUGAAGACACUCAAAGUAGUCUUCGAGAAAGACACUGGGCUCCUGUUACUCUACAAUUCGUUGGUGUAUACAGCUUUCUACGAUGUAACGGCCAGCAUGCCAUAUCUGUUCGACUUGAUCUAUAACUUUAACGAUCUUCAGAUAGGCCUCUGCUUUAUUCCAUUCGGGGUCGGUUGUCUAAUUGCACCAAUAUUAGGCGGAAAGCUUCUCGAUUGGAACUUUCGCCGUUUAGCUGGCAAGCAUGGAUUUCCGGUCGACAAGAAGCGAGCCACCGAUCUCAAAGACUUCCCUCUCGAAAAGGCGCGCAUCCAAGUGACGUGGCCGCUGGUUCUCGUAGGUGACGCAGCUUUGCUUUGCUAUGGGUGGGUCAUGCACAUGGAGACCAAUCUAGCAGCACCUCUGGUUUUGCUAUUCUUCAUUGGACUCUGCUUGACAGGGGCUUUCAACUGCAACAGUGUUAUGCUGGUUGAUCUGUAUCCGCUCAGUCCCUCGACGGCUACAGCAGCGAACAAUCUCGUGCGCUGCUUUAUGGGAGCUGGCGGUACCGCUAUCAUAAUCAUCAUGAUCGAGCAUAUGGGCAGAGGGUGGUGUUUUACCUUUGUAGCAGGUGUGGUGUUACUGUUUUCGCCUAUCCUCUGGGUGCUCGAGAAGUACGGACAAGGAUGGAGGAAUGCAAGGACGCGACGGAUGGAGGAAUUGGCAGAGAAGAAGAGGCAAGCUGAACAAGAGAAGGAUAGCGAAUUGCAAGCUUACGAAGGCCAGGCUGAGAAGUAG